AUGGAAAAGUUCGCCAACGAGAGCAAAGUUGUGCCCUCUCCUGCUCAUGCCGGCGACGCCGACCUCGCCGACGGCGCCGGACGCAGCAUCCGCGCCCUGGCCGGCUGCGUCCUCUUCCUGCUCAUAGUGUCCACCCUGCUGGGGAACACGCUGGUGUGCGCCGCCGUCAUCAAGUUCCGACACCUGAGGUCCAAAGUCACCAAUUUCUUCGUGAUCUCGCUGGCCGUGUCCGACCUGUUCGUGGCCGUCCUGGUGAUGCCCUGGAAGGCCGUCUCCGAAGUGGCCGGGUUCUGGCUCUUCGGUCGCUUCUGCGAGACCUGGAUCGCCUUUGACAUCAUGUGCUCCACCGCAUCCAUCCUGAACCUGUGCAUCAUCAGCGUGGACCGGUACUGGGCCAUCGCGAGCCCUUUCCGGUACGAGCGCAAGAUGACCCAACGGGUCGCCUUCGUCAUGAUCGGCGUGGCCUGGACCCUCUCCAUCCUCAUCUCCUUCAUACCCGUGCAGCUCAACUGGCACCGAGCCCAGGAGGAGCGCGGCAACCGGACCGAGGACGACUGCAACGCGAGUCUCAGCGGGACCUACGCCAUCUCCUCGUCCCUCAUCAGCUUCUACAUCCCGGUGGUCAUCAUGGUGGGCACCUACACCAGGAUUUACCGCAUCGCCCAGACUCAGAUCCGACGCAUCUCCUCCCUGGAGCGGGCCGCCGAACAGGCGCAGAGCCACCAGCACGCCGGCGACUGCUCCAACGAGACCUCCCUCAGGACCACCUUCAGGAAGGAGACCAAAGUCCUGAAGACGCUCUCCAUCAUCAUGGGGGUCUUCGUGUUCUGCUGGCUGCCCUUUUUCGUGCUCAACUGCGUGGUGCCCUUUUGCGACGAGGCCGAGGCGGGGGGUCCGCCGUGCGUGAGUGACACCACGUUCAACAUCUUCGUGUGGUUCGGAUGGGCCAAUUCUUCGCUCAACCCCGUCAUCUACGCCUUCAACGCCGAUUUCAGGAAAGCCUUUUCCACCAUCCUGGGCUGCAACAGGUUUUGCUCGACCGCGGCCGUGGAGGCCGUGAACUUCAGCAACGAGCUGGUGUCGUACCACCACGAUACCACGUUUCAGAAGGACGCUCCCAUGGCGUUCGGCGCCUCGCAGCUGCCGCCGGCGGCGCCCGACCGCGGCGACGACGACACGGACCCCCCUUUCGACAAGGUCUCGGUCGUCUCGACCGCCUCCCGCAACCGCGCGAAUCCUCUGCUGCCCACGAUAGUUCAGUUCGAGUGCGAAGCGGAGAUUUCGUUGGAUAUGAUGCCGUUUACGUCGACGGGAAGCAACGCGUGUUACGCCAUCCCUGGACAAAUAUCGGAAUAG